AUGGAGACUCAAAAAUCCAUCGAUUCUAACAAUAUCCUCUUUGCCGAUCUCUGUAAAUUACUCUCAAAUGUCGGCAUUCUAGAAAAUAACGAAAAGCGACUCAAAUCCUGUUUAAAGAAACCGUCUUCAUUCUCAAAACUUCGCCCAGAACGUGGUCCCGAAACAUCACACAUCGAACGCAAAGUAUCGUAUGCUUGUUUCGAGCUUCCGAAUCUUUUGCUAAAAAAUCCCAAAGAUUUGAGUUGGCUCGAACAACAUGAAGAAUUCCUGCAAAAUUUACUUGCUGUCCUUCGUUCCAUGAAUUGGGUUUUCUAUCAAGCUCGUGUUGAGUGGGCGAUGAAACGUGUUAAGGAACAACGAGAGUAUGUGGCGGCAGAAAUUAGGUUAUUUGCGGCGUUACAAGGCUAA